AUGAUGGCAGUGAAGAGGCGACUAAAGACACUGGAUUGGGGUUCAGACGGCCUGAUGGUAUCAAUGGAUCAUCAAGGAACGUUCUUGCAUUUCGCGUUCUACCAUCCGCACCAUGGCGUCGUUCAGCUUUCACCUUAUGAGCAAUUCGACGGCGGCAAGUUCCACGACCCUUCCUACGUUCGAUCCUAUCGUUGUCGAAUGUUGAAGCUUCUCGAACAAGAUCUACCUGGAUUCGGGCUGCAGAUUCGUGAUCGUCCACUGCAUUACCCGGAGGUUUCCGUCCAUCGAGAUCGCCAAACCAUUUACUAUCACAUCACGGGAAAUAUCCGCGUGCAGAGAGUCCACGCAAUCUCUCCGGACGGUGUGUUUGAACAGACAACGACCAUUUCCACGACUUCUGACCGCGCAUGCAUCGUGCCAAUUGUUUUGAGUCUUAAAAUGAGCAUGAACCGUGCAUCAUACGGGCAACUCACUGAAGGAGGGCCGAUUCCGCUUCCGGAGACAUUGAAUGUCUUGAAAUCACAAGCCUCACCGUGUAACGCGUUUUCGAUCCAAAAUUCUAAUCUGGACGCAGCAGUGGACGGCAAAAUCUGGUCAAACCGAGAGGAGGUCACAGAUCUCCUGCUUCGCGACACAGAGCAGACCUAUUGCGGAGGACCAGCCGACCAAGAGUUUCCAGCGAAUGUGACAAUUUCAUCUGACUCGCCGUUUGUUUUCCGUUUGAAAUUGCAACCGAAAGCGCAGGGGCUAGCCUUUCAAUCCAGACAGCAUCUCUCUUGUGCAAUUCCCUACUCUCCAGUUUGGAAAUUGGAGGAUCCGCAAGCGUUGACAAUACUUCGCGGAAACCUUGCAUACGUCCUUGGAAACUGUAUGAUCCCAAUAUCCGAUGCCAGUGUCUGGCAGAUUAAAUUCCUCUUGGACGUUUUUCGACAGUCGGACUUGAUUGUAGAUGCCAAGACAGCGCAUCGAUAUCGAAAUGAAAUCGCGGCCCGAGUCAAAGGCCAUCUCAAUUGGGUUUUUCGCGAUGCUCAGCGCCCCCACGGAUUCUGGCAUCGUUCAUACUUGGCCAACGGAGUUCCCAAGGACGGACCAAUCUUUCAGCUGGAUCAGCAGUGCUACCCUAUUUUGGAGCUGUGUGAUUUCGUCGAUACGAUCUCGGAUUCAGACCUCUCCGUACAGGAUAUUCUCGAAGAAAGCGGAGUUGCUGUCGUCAUUGAUGUUUUGCUUGGAAAGAGAGACCUCCGGACCCAUCUGUUUCCAACGGAUGAGACACCGGGAGAUGACCCAGUGGAGUUCCCAUUUCAUUUCUCAAGUCACAUCCUCUUGUGGUACACUUUCCACAGAUUUACCGUGUUGCUAGAGAGGCUCGGAGAUACAGAGUCACUACAGGCUUCGUGCAUGAAGCAGCUCGCAGCUGAAACAUUUCACUCCACCAUGAGUCACUUUGUUGCGCGAAAUCCAACAACAGGAACGACGAUGUUUGCAUACCUAACCGAUGGUGCCGGGCAACAUACCUUCUACCACGAUGCAAAUGAUAUUCCUACUCUGUUUGCACAAGAAUGGGGAUUUGCAAGUACUGGCGAUGCUUCUGAGAUCUGGACUCGCACAAUCCGAUUCGGAUUGUCCGCGGCCAAUGAAGGUGGUUUUUAUGGGAAUGGGCCUUUCGGAGGGCUAGGAAGUGUGCACACUCGGGCUCCUUGGCCAUUGGGUUACUUCCAAGAGCUGGUGUUUGCAGAAUUAACGGGCGAUUCCGCUGGCAGAGAUCUCGCGUGGAAAAAGAUCCAAGGAUCUAUGUUCCCCGACGGCCUUUUCUCUGAGGCCGUGGAUGCUCUGACCGGAGAAUGUACGAGCAAGGCUUGGUUCAGCUGGCCUGGGAGCAUGAUCGGCUCGGCUCUUCUUCGUGAUCGGAUGCGGGUCGUCUUGCCGCAAAACGCACUUUAG